UUGUUGACCGGACUUCCCCUUUAACAUGAACAAACUGAAAUCUGUCCAACAGAUAGAAUUUAAACCAGCCAAUGCUUUCCCCUUAAUCCCUGCUCAAGUCUUUGUAGGAGAAUAUUGUGUGAUACCUGCUGUCCAGGAACAACCAGCCUGAUGCAUGAGACAGUCAUCAGUUGAAUUAUAUUAAUGAUCUCUUUCUUUGUCCCCACAGACCUCCAGAAGCCACAUGUCUCCACGGAGGAGGAAGCUUCUUCCAUCCAACAGCUCUGCAACCAGAGGAGAAGGUCCAGUCAUGACCAGGAGGAAGCAGAACAUAAGUGGUCUGAAAAGGAACAGGUGAAACCUGAUCCUCCCCUGAUUCAAGAAGAAAAUGUGGAACCUGAGUCUUUGUGGAUUAAAGAAGAACAAAGGGAAUGGGAACCACUAAUUGAAGACCAAGAAGGCCCAGAACUUCCACUGAUUGAGGAACAAAAGGAGCGACCAGAUCCUUUGAGGCUUAAACAUGAACAGCAGAAUGUAGAAAAUUUAGCAACUAGAAGGGAUGUCUGCAGCAGUCAGGAGGGAGAGCAGCUUGUCCAGAAGCAGUCUGUUGUUCUAAUGGAGACCUUUACCCUUCAGGAACGUGAAGGAGAACCAGGAACUGAGCAGCUUUCCUUUCAUAUCUCUCCUGUAGUUCAGACCAAAGACCAGGAAGGAAGCAGCUCCACUGGGCCAGAGAGUCAGUCUUUCACUGACACUAAGAAAAUGUCUUUAAAAUGUGAUGUUUGUGGGAAGUCUUGGAAAAAGAAAAGUAUAUUGAAAGACCAUUACAGAACCCACACAGGUGAGAGGCCUUUUCCUUGUCAGACAUGUGGAAAAAGUUUCACUCAACUAAGCAGUUUAAAUGGUCACAUUAAAACCCACACAGGUAAAAGGCCUUUUUCUUGUCAGACAUGCGGAAAAAGUUUCUCUCAUAUGUACCCUUUAAAACGUCACAUGAGAAGCCACUCAAGUGAAAAGCCUUUUUCUUGUCAGACUUGCGAAAAAAGUUUUAAUCAACUGAGUAAUUUAAAUGCUCACAUUAGAAUCCACACAGGUGAGAGGCCUUUUUCUUGUCAGACAUGCGGAAAAAGUUUCACUCGAGGGAGUCAUUUAAAACUUCACCUGAGAAUCCACACAGGAGAGAGGCCUUUUUCUUGUCAGAUGUGAAAAAAGUUUCUCUCAUAUGUACUCUUUAAAACUUCAUGAGAAGCCACACA